UAGUGAUUAUAUAGUUAUAUUCAAGGAUUGUCAUAGGAUAAUUCGGAGUAUAAGAUAUAAAUCCGACAUAGCAUGGGUUUAGCAAGUGAAGAUCAUCGCAUGAGACAUGUGUUCCGUAAAAUCAGUUUAUGUUGUAUUUUUCUACAAAGAUUGCAGAAUUCUAGACAAAAUGUGAAGACAUUUCAUGAGAGAAGAGAACCAGUGAAGAAAAGUAACUUCAGAGUUGCUUCCCUUUGUUUCCUGUUUCUCAGAAGACUUCAUGCAUUUGACCAUGAGCCUCAGCCACAGAGUAACAAACACCCACCUCCCCAACCAACAUGGCAUAUGCCUGCUCCAAAGUGUAGUGGCCGACGACAAAAACGCAAUUCCACAAAACAGAAAUGCACAUGCUGUAAACUGAAUACAGAUUCUGAGAGUGGAGAGGAACAGACGCGAACAAUUCUCACCAAUACAUUCCGGGAUAUUGUGCCGAAGUUGUCACGCAUUUUGGUAAAUCAAGAUCCAUUUAGCUCUUCAUCAAUAUGGACUAAAAAAUUUGAGCCUCAGUCCUGGCCAACACUGUUACCAUGGAAGGACCCUAACAAUAAGCCAAAAGAUACAUUUGAAACGCUGGAAAAGCGAAUGCAUACUUUGUUACGUCUUUGUAAAGGAAAACAAAUACCCAGUGACAUAGAGAAAGAAAUAAGUGCUUAUCGUGAAUAUCAGUUACAGGUACAGCAACAUCAGACUGGCGAUAUUUCAAAACUUCAAGUCAUUCGACAAAAGAGGAAAGCAACACAUAAACUCACAGUGGCCAUACGAGAAUUUGCUGAGGUCAUAAAAUGGCAUGGCCCACCGGCACAUUCAGAAGAGCUGAAAAAAGAAUCAAGGAGAUUUAGAGAAAUUGUGCAACACUCUGAUUCUUCAAAUAGUCCACUUUCCUCUCAGUUUGAAGAUAUUUUUUCUGCAAUAGCAAAUAUCGAGGGAUCUAACACUACACCUGAAGAAUACAUGAGACAGUUCAACCAAUCUGAUCAAGGGGGAAUGAUCACACAGAAGCCAUACUCACACUCGAGUCUCAUGCCAUAUGCUGCUGCUGCGGCAUGUAUGGAAGAAUUUGGCACAAAUUUCUCAGAGUCUGCUGCUGCAUAUCGGCAAUCACCUACAGCGUAUUACGCACAACAGACCUUGAAGAGAAAUCUUGCGGCAUUUUGUAUGCGGGAAGAAGAAGGGAAGAACACAUCAAAGAAAAAGCGUGUUGGGAAUUCAGACAAGCCGUUUUAAUGCUGUUUCACUUGAAAUUUUGACCAAGAUUCGCGUAAUUAUUUAGAUAAAACUUAUUUAAUGAGAAUGAAUCUGAUAAACUGAAUAUUUUUGUUGAAAAAUAAACGUUUGACAUCAGAUGCCAAUGUUACCAAAUAUCAAGUAUU